AUGGAGUUAAAUGUCAAACAGAGCGGUAUUGUAGAUCGAUUAGUGUUCUCUACAAAUUUUAAGAUUAAGAACAGAUGCUUGAAGCGUACUUGUGAACGAUAUCUUCGCGAUGAUCUUUCAUGUGGGCUUCAUAGUUGCAAACUCUGCGCAUCUCUAUCUAUAAAUAAUCUCGGAAGGGAAGCUAACGGAGGCGAGAACUCCAUUGUCCAAGGAAACCACGCAGUCAUAGUGGAUGCUGAAGUCCUCAUGCGAUUUAUCGACAUUUUCAACUCGGAAUUGUUCAGGAAUGUCAUAAUCACUCAGAACGUAUGGGAAUAUGUCAAACAGAAAUCUGUUCCAACCUACAAAAAACUCAACAAAUUGGUUUAUGAAGAUAGGGAUCCCCGAUUUGCUGUGUUCAUGAGCGAGUUUCACCACAAAACGUUUGUCCGACACGAAGAAGGUCUCAAUGACUCGAAGAGGAGAGAAAAAGUGCUAUUUGUUUGCGCGAAUUACUUAAAGGAUCACUGGUUGGAGUAUGACUUCAUACCUGUUGUUUUAUGUGCCGAAAAUGAAGUUGCAACGAGGCUUAGAAGCAAUUAUGAACUAACUUUCACGAUCAAACAAUACGUUGAAGGAAUGUUGAAUUCGAAGAAAAGCGAACUUCUGGAUAGCAUGGCCGCGUACGACUCUUCAAAUGCAGAAGGAAAGAUAAUUUAUGAAAAUUAUUUACCUCACGAUGAAAUCAUCAAGGGUAUUGCUCAUGGAACCAUCAAGAAAGGGACGUUUUCGGUUUCGCGCGAAAACUACCGCGAAGCGUAUGUUCUGGUGGACCCGGACACAAUGUCAUCGUGGUUUGUGAAAGGCCUCCAUUCCAAUAGAGCUAUCGAUGGGGAUGUUGUGGCAGUACAGUUGUUACCUGAAGAAAAAUGGACUCUUCCUGAAAAGAAAGUUUGUCUGCGAGAUGUAGAAGAUUUGGAAAUGAAGGCUGAUGAUGAAGAAGCCGAGGAGGAGGAUGAAGAAUGCGAGAAUCUUAGGGCAAAAAGAGCAAAGCUGUCGUCCAUUCCUACAGCGAAGGUUGUAGGAAUCAUGAAGCGAAACUGGAGACCAUAUUGCGGAAUUUUAAUGAAAAGCCAGCUUAAAAACGCCAGGCGUCAUCUCUUCUGUCCCAGCGAUCGUCUCAUCCCAAGAAUCCGGAUAGAAACUGAACAAGCAGAUAUCCUGGAACAUCAACGCAUUGUGGUAAGCAUCGACCACUGGCCACGUGAUAGUAGAUACCCACUCGGGCACUACGUACGUGCAUUGGGUAAAAUCGGCGAUCGGGAAAUUGAAAAUGAAGUCCUCCUACUAGAACAUGACAUUCCCCAUGCUCCCUUUUCUGACGCCGUAUUGGAGUGCUUACCUCAAGAGAACUGGAAGCCGGAUUUACAACCUCCGCGAAUUGAUCUGAGACAUUUGACUAUAUGCUCAGUGGAUCCUUUAGGAUGCACUGAUAUUGAUGAUGCUCUUCAUUGUCGUCCUCUUGAUAAUGGAUUUCUGGAGCACACUGCCAAAGCCCAUAACCUGAAAGGUCUACUGCCUGAAGGGAGCAUGGAAUCUUUGGCAACAACCAUUCGUUUCGUCACGCUGAACUGCCGAACACUAUGA